CUGGAAUCAGUUCAGCAAUCAACAAUAGUUUCACGUGUUGCGGCUGUGUUCACAGAUUUUAUUGUUUUUAUAAAAAACUAGAUGAAAGACUGAAUAAAAGAAUGCUGCGCAAGUCGAAAAAACAGGCACAGACUGUGGCUGAGAAGGUGAGCAAACUGCUCGCACAUCCCAACGAUAGCGGCAGCGACAAUGAUUCCGAUAUUGAUGCGACCACCAAAGCGCGCGUUGUGGACUUUGAGGAUGAAUACGAUCUGCCGGACGCGCGGAGCACAGAUUUUCGCAAGCGCAAUGUAAAAUUGCUGUCCGAACAGAGCGAACGGUACAAGGGUAGGAUAAGCAGUCGCAAAGAGUUUGAACAGGAGGAGGAGGAGGAGGAGCAGGAGGAGAGUGAAGAUGAGGAGGGCGCAGAGCUGGCGUACGAAGAGAGCGACAGCGAGGAGGAGGCAACAUCGACUUUGCAGGCUACGAAUGGUAAACAUAGCGAUGAAGAUGAUGACAGCAGCAUGGAAGAUUAUGAGAAUGAAGGACAGCAGGAGGAGGACGACGAAGAGGAGGAUGACGACGACGACGACGACGAUGACGAUGAGAACGAGUCAGAAAAUGUUGACUCUGACGAGGAUGUCAACGAAAUCAUGCCCAAAACCAAUCAACAAGCCGAGGUACAGAAAGGACUCUGCGUGCAAAAUCAACUGAGGAUCUGGGAGCGCCUGCUGGAGCUGCGCAUCAAUACACAGAAAGUGACCAGCAAGGCGAAUCAGCUGCCGUCGCCGGAGACACUAAAAGCGCUAAGUGAAAACAAUGAGGAACUGAAAUUGGUGCUAAACGAAGCCCAGGAGCGCAGCGCCAAGCUGCUGGAGCAGCUGCUCGCGCUGCAAGCGGCGCUCACAGAGCAGCACAACGAGCUGCGUCAGUCCGUCAAACGCAAGCAGCCGGCAGAGGCGAGCACGGAGCCAACCGCCAGCAGCAAACGUUAUGCGAAUGCGCUGCACAAUAAUUUCGAAAAUAUGCGCAGCUAUCGCAACGAGGUGCUGCUCAAGUGGGAUGAUCGCACCAAGCUGUUGACACCCGGCGCGGGCCUUAAACGCAAGACCCUGCAGGAGGAUUACGAUAUCGUCAAGAAAAUUGACAGUGCGCUGGCCAAUCGAGAGGCGCUCGUCGAGAAAUCCCAAAUACUUAAAAACAAUCAACAGCAGCCGCAGCCGAAUGCCGGAGAGGAUGCUGAACCAACUGCCAAUGGCCAAAGGCAGCGACACGUCUACGAUGACAGCGAUUUCUAUCAUCAGCAGCUGCGCGAGCUCAUCGAGUACAAGGCCAGCAGCACGUCCAGCAUGAGCGACAUAGCCAAACAGUUUGUGGAGCUGCAGAAGCUGCGCCAGAAAAUGAAGCGGAAAGUGGACACCAGGGCCAGCAAGGGCAGAAAAUUACGCUAUGUGGUGCACAAUAAGCUGAUCAAUUUUAUGGCACCCAACGAGGCCAGCGACUGGACGGACGACUCCAAGGCGGAACUCUUUAGAUCCUUAUUUGUUUGAAUUACACACGA